AUGAGUGGAACUGAAAGUGAGGUUUCUGACUGCUCUAGUAUACCGGAUCCAGAUACAGUGUACUUAGAGGACGAUAUUCCGUAUGAUGGAACAGAAGAAGAGCUUUUUUCCAGUAAUAUGGAAGACUUUGGAGAAGAUUCCGAUACGUACAUGUCGAAGUGUGGUACGGUGAAAUGGGACAAGUAUCCACCAAAGAAUAUGGUUGUUUGUGACGAUGAUUUUGAGUGCAGUUUCAGUAUCGACUUUUCCGCUGUCAAGACUCCAAAGGACGCGUUUCGGCUUUUUUUCGACGAUUCAAUUGUGGCAGAUAUCUGCAUGUAUACAAAUGCUGAAGGGUCGUACGAUCCGAGUUUCGCUGCAAUAACCCAUGAUGAGUUACUUGCAUGGAUCGCUAUUGUGAUUGCUGCGGGAAAGAAUCAUGAUGGCAAGACCCAUAUCAAGGAAAUGUGGUCAACGGACGAAGUCACGAGACGCCUUUUUUAUUCUGCCGUUAUGGGACGGCGUAAAAUUGAUAAAAAGCCAGAGAAAAAUCAAGGCAAACGGGUAGUAACACAGUUGGUUCAACCUUUCGCUAACAGUACCGGACCACCAAAACGACGAGUUACGUUUGAUAACUUUUUUACUAGUGUGCAGUUGGUAGAUGAUUUGUUUGCGAAUGGUUUUUACUCAAUUGGUACAUUACGUUCAAACAAGAAAGAGAUACCCAAAGAAUUUCUCAAGCAGAGAUCAAUCGCUCCCGGAACGGUGAAAUUUGGGUUCAACGAUAAGAAAAUGUUAGUAUCAUGGACAGAGAAAAGAAAUAAAACUGUUCUUCUUUUAUCGACUGACCCUUCAGCGAUGCCCUCAUGCGAUAUGAUAAAGAACAAUAUUGAGAAUUUGCUGAAGCCACAAGGAAAACCAAAGGUUGUGCAUUUAUACAACUCACUAAAGGGAGGUGUUGAUACGCUCGAUAAAUCCACGGGAAGUUAUUCGUGCAAGCGACGGAGCAACCGCUAUACAGUUGCCAUUUUUUAUAAUCUGUUAGACAUCGCCAAUCAUGAUGCGAGUUUUUUUGGACUGGUUAUCUAAGCAGCUAGCUCUAGGGCACGUCAAGAAAAGGCGAAAUGAAAAAAGUCUGCAUGCUGAUGUGCUACGAAAAAUGGACACUUUUCUCGAGAACUAUGAGAAGAUGUACGGAUCGACAAACAGUCCAGUAGCCGCCUGCGAUGUUUGCUGCACCAAUUUGCACUUGAGUAGCUGCCAUGAGUGUAAAAUAUUGAUUUGCGAAGAGCACAGACAAGAAAAAAAAUUGGUAAUUUGUGCGGAAUGCGAUAUAGAUACUCCAACGUCCACUAAGAUAAGUGACUCUACGAAAAUUAGACGAUGUGCAUUCUGUCGUAGAUCUUCAGACACAAAAACCAGUGUUAGCUGUUAUAUUUGUGGAAGAAGUGUUUGCCACAAGCACCCUACAAAACGCAUUACAAUAAACGUAUGCUGUUACUGCUGGAAAACAUGAAUACAUUCGACAUAGCUUAUAUGCUUCCAAAAUAAAUUACAUGUAACAAUUACAAAACGUUGGUCUAAAGAUGUUUGCCGUUGUAUGGAAUUCUAUAACUAUGACAGUCACUUAUUCAAAAAAAACCUAUGAAUUUUAACUUCUAAUUUAUGAAAUCCCAGAAUCUAUUGUUUGUAAAUUUGCAGGAAUCAGAAUAUAUACAAACAGCAGGUAAGUUAAACGCACAAGUAGUUCAACUCGCCUGCUAGUAAGCCGAAUGCUCUUUAUCACAUUGGAUAAGAAACUUUAGUAUGCCUCUGAGUUUCAGUCGUCCAAAUAUGUAAGGACGGUCGAAAACUCGAAAUGGCAAUUGCGCUACAGCUGGGAAGUUGCUUAUCAGAUGAUAUGAGGUUCCGUAGUCAGAUUCACAAAGAUCACAAGAAAAAGACUCAGCGCGCUGAAUAGUUGCCAUGUGAUAAUUGAGUUCGCAGUGGCCGGUGAAAGCCCUGCAUGCCGCAGUGGAGCUUCGAAGCAUGUGGGAGAUGACGCUUUUGUUUGGCGACACGUUUGUGGAUUCCUCUUAUAAUUGCGGUGCUCGGACGAAGCCCAGAACCAUAUUUUUUCUCUUAUCCAACUUGUCGAAAUUGACAGACGGACGCAGGACCAACGAAGUCACUCGCUGAACCUACCCUGGCCAAUUCGUCAGCCCAUUCAUUUACAGUAAUACCGGAUUGCCUGGGCACCCAGCCAUGGUAGAUAGUGUUGACAAUGCUCAGUUCUUCGAUUUGGGUUCGGCACGCGAUCACUAGCUUGAACCGUGAGCUAAGGGCCUUGACUGCAGCCUGACUAUCGAAGCUGAAGUUUAUUACUUUACUCGACAAGGGCCGAUUGUACUCCGCACACAAUCGCGAAAAUUUCUGCUUAGAAUAUAGUACAGUAUCUACCUAGUGAGUGAGAUUGUUCCCAUUUCAUUUCACGACAGUAGACACCAGCACCAGCACGUCCCUCCAUCAGAGAACCGUCAGUGUAACAGACCACUUGCGUUUGUUGUUGUCUUUCCAUAAAGCCAGACAACCAUUCCUCUCGAGAGGGAAUCUUCACAUGGAAUGUCCUGUAAGGAAAACUACAUGUAAGUGUAAUAGAAGAAAAAGAAUAUCUUCACCCCAUGUAACCAUUUGUGACCACAGUCGUGUAUGACUAGUAGCAAGAUGAACAUGGUUACUGUUCCAAAGCUCAGUUACCUGCACUCUGUAUGCACAUGAUAGUGCUUUUUUAUUUGAGGUUUAUGUGUAAUAGUUUGACAUUUAAAAGUGCCCCAAGAGCAGCAAACAAAUUGGUUAUGUACAUACAUAAACUAAAUCAUCUCAAGAUUUUCUACGCUACACCUGGACUAUUCCGAUUUAUUCGGAAACGGAUUUGCUAU